GUUAGGGCGUCAGACUUGCAUCCCAGAGGUUGCCGGUUCGACUCCCGACCCGCCAGGUUGGUGGGGGGAGUAAUCAACCAGUGCUCUCCCCCAUCCUCCUCCAUGACUGAGGUACCCUGAGCAUGGUACCGUCCCACCGCACCGCUCCCCAUGGGGCGCCACUGAGGGCUGCCCCCUUGCACGGGUGAGGCAUAAAAUGCAAUUUCGUUGUGUGCAGUGUUCACUUGUGUGCUGUGGAGUGCUGUGUCACAAUGACAAUGGGAGUUGGAGUUUCCCAAUGGGCUUUCACUUUCACUUCAAGGCAGGUUAAGAUGAUAGAAACGCCUCAAAUCUCAGCUUGCCUUUUUAGCUUAAAAAAAGAACCUGUUUGACGUCACUGUGAAAUUUUCUAAUCCCAGGUCCAGAAUAUAGUGCAGAGCCACAGCACACCUGUGAGUAGGGUUUUAUGUGCCUUUCAUGUGCUCUGGUAAGUACAUAUUAUGCAGUCUCGGCAACUCAAAAUCAAUCAAUGGGUUGUCCAGUGGAAAAGGCGUUAGUUCAUGUGUGCUUCCCAUGUUACCAUUUACCAUGAUUCUCAGAGCACAUGAAUGCACUAUUACUUUUAACCUCCUGAACCUGAGAUUGACACAUCUAAUGAUGACCACACUUCAAGCAGGAUAGGGUUGAAAGAACCAAAAUCCUUUUCAUGUUUCUGGAAAAGAAAACCCAGCCUUCUUAUGUGCUUUUGUCAACCUUUGGCCCCUUUACAAUGGUGCAAGACAUCAUGCAAAACAGUAAAUCAUUUGCAAUAGUAAAUAUUUAGUUAAUCCGAAACAAACGUCAUUGGAUUUUUUGACGGGAAACCCCUUUAUUGUGUCACAGGGUUUGUUAAAAUCUCCAGAUGCCGUGUCAACAUAAAAGGCACUGUGCUCUACAGAGUAGCACAACACAACACAGUAAGGACAGGAAGAAGAGGUAGGCUAUGUCCAUUUACAUUAAUGUUGCAAAGUAAAACUAUAUUUGCCUGAAAAAAGAUGUUAAAGCUACAAUAAUUAAAUGCAGUAUUUGACCAUCCUAAGUACUGUGCAUGUUGAAAGUGGACUACGCCCUCAUACAGAACAAUAGAGGAAGGGGCCUCGUCCCUGAACUUACUUUGUAUGUUUGAACGUGAGUGGUGGAAGGCAGCACUGCAAAUUCAGUCAAGUUGAUGAACCACUUAAACAACUUUGGAUAAUUACUCCGUGUUGCUUUCAUAGUUUUUUUUUUACAUGCUGCUUUAUGAAAUAUGACUUCAUAGCUAUUUAGGUUGAAAUGCAUGUUUUCUAAAAUGUGUAUAUUAUAUUGGUAAUAUACUGUAUGAACUAGACAUUUUGGCCUAAUAUCACAUACAGGUAUUUGACAUCUUUUUCCUUCUAUUUCAGAAUGAUUACAAGCGGCCCCAUAUUCACCCUUUUACUUGGGGCUUCUAUAUGUCUUUUCAUGGCACAACACAGUCACCAAUGCCUUAUAUACCAGCACUGGGCAAUCUGCCGUGGAAGGUCUCUAACUCAAGUGCCACAACUACCAUCCAGUGUGACGCAUCUGGACCUGAGUAUGAACCACCUCCGUCACCUCUCUGAGGACUCUUUUGAAGGAAUGGAAAGCCUUGUGUAUCUCGACCUUGGCUCACAGCUCUUGGGACAACUUUUCAUCCAGAAUAACACUUUCAGAGGAUUGCAGAACCUCACACAUCUUCACUUAGGAGACAACAGGAAGAUACACUUUGAGGAGGAUGCUUUUCAGGGACUGACUAAUCUCCACACUCUAAUUUUGUUACAUUGUGAUUUAGAUAAGAGCAUUCUCUCGGGUAGAUACCUGAAACCUCUGGUAUCACUUCAGGAGCUUGAUCUCUACGGCAACCAAAUAAAGAGCUUUGAGCCAGCCAUGUUCUUCCGGAAUAUGACAGAUCUCAGGGUUCUAGAUCUUUCCCUGAACCGUGUAAAAUCUAUUUGUGAGAGAGACUUCGCUGCCCUUCAAGGCAGACACUUCCGCCAGUUUAGACUGUCUUCUGUUCCCCUGACUGAAAUGAAUCCGUCAUAUUUUAACUGGAAAGAGUGUGGGAACCCUUUUAGAAACAUGUCUUUUGACACCCUUGAUUUAUCACUGACUGGACUCAGCACCAGCAAGGCCAUUCUUUUCCUUUCUGGGAUUCAGGGUACUCGCAUUAACCAUCUCGUCAUAGGUCCAAACAUCAUAGGUUCAGGAUUUGGGACUAGCAACUUUCAAGAUCCAGACCGGCACACCUUUGAGCCUCUUAAGUUCAGUGGUGUUAAAUCCAUUGAUUUAUCAAAAAAUUUCAUCAGUGUGGUCAAGCAUGGCAUUUUCACACCACUGUCUGCUUUGGAGAACAUAACAAUGGCAGGCAAUAAAAUAAACCGCAUAGAUGUAAAUGCAUUUCAAGGACUUUCAGACUUGCAAAGGCUAAAUCUGUCACAUAAUCUCAUAGGGGAAAUUUAUGCCAGUACUUUUAGGAGUCUCCCCAAUCUUAGAACGCUCGAUUUGUCACAUAAUCAUAUUGGCGUCCUCCAGUACGGCGCCUUCUCUGGACUAAAUUUGCUCCUGCUAGAUCUCACUGGCAACUCCUUGUCCUCAGUGCACAGUAUCUCCCCACUGCCAAGCUUACAGGAACUGUAUCUAGAUGACAAUAAAAUUGCAACUGUGUACGGACUACAGAAGGCUGCCAAGAGCGUAACCACCAUCUCCCUCAACAACAACAGACUGAGGAACGUGGAAGACUUGUAUACCAUACUAGCUCAUUUCCCCAAUGCCACUCGAAUCAGUGUCGCCGACAACUCAAUCUCCUUCUGCUCUGGUGGGCCAGCAGGCAGACCAACGAUACCAUCUAGUUACAGAGUGAAGGAGCUGUUUCUACAAAACAAUAACUUGGAUUCAGUGUGGGAAAAAGGGCAAUGUCUUGAUUUAUUUGACCAGCUUGGUGAACUGUCAUCUCUGUCGCUGAGCUCCAAUCGGCUGGAGACUCUCCACGAGGGUGUUUUUAAGGGGCUGUCGUCCCUGCACAGUUUGGACUUGUCCAAAAACUGUCUGACCCAUCUGCCUCAGGGCAUACUUCCGACGAGCCUGAGAACCCUGGACUUGUCCCAUAACUUCCUCGGCAGUCCAGAUCCGGAUGUCUUGCGGUUCCUCAAUGCUGUUGACAUGAGAAAGAACCGUUUUGUGUGUGACUGUGACUUGGGGCCCUUUGGACAGUGGGUCAAGCAGAGCAACACAACUUUGCUCACUCCUGUUUCGCAACUCCAUUGCGAGUUUCCCAAAAACCUACGCGGUGUCGCAAUCACAAACUUCACAACAGAGUCAUGUGACCGGUGAACGUCCAACUGUCCCUGCAACCGGAUUUGCAUUUGUUUUUUGUCUGUUGAUGUCUCUGACCUGAGAUUGCAUUGUUGUGGUCACCAGGGCAGGGGAUGGCAAAGUGAAGCGGAAAGACACUUUACUUAAGAUAUAUUAUAAAAAAGUAUAAAUCAAAUAAAAAUUGAGUGAUUGAAGAUGCUAUGAUGAUUGAUUGGUCGGUUGUGUGCAAAGCUCAGUGACCGCCUCAGGCUACUUACUCAUGAAAGCUAGGCAAGCAUGGAAUAAAAGAGUAAAAUGCAUAAUGUUUUAUUAGUACAGAUCUGCUCAUCUUACAUGAAUAUAAUUUUUUUUAUUUAAUUGCCAUUUAUUGGGAAAACUUAUAUGUUAAACUUAUCAAGUCAAGUAGGUUUUAUUGUCAAUUUCUUUACAUGCACUGGUCAUACAAAGAAUUUGAAAUUACAUUUCUUGCUUUCCCAUACAGACAUAGACUAAUCUAGGUAAGGACAUAGACAGUAUAGACAUAGACAGUACUUAUACAUGGACUUAAGACAGUAUGGACAUAGACAGUGCUCAUACAGACAUUUAAAGUGCAAGACUGGACAACAGAAGAC